AAUAUGUUAAAAAUAUGUCUAUAAAUAUCCAAAACACAUAUAAUUCAAGACUGCCAUUUUCCUGCAGGCGCAACAAACCCUUCAAUACACUCAUAAUGUUCUGAAUCAGGAAACUUUUCUACUACAUUAGUCUUCAUUGUCAAAGAUCUUUCAACAAUAGGAAACGAUGUAUUAGAAAUUCCAAUAUCAAAUACACAGGAACGCGUUCUUUCUGAAACAUGGGAAUGUAUAGGUGUUUUUAUACCAGGCUUAUUAUUUCUAUUCAGAUCCGAGUCAACUGCAUCUACAGAUAUAUCUACCCCUUCUCCAUCAACUGACGGUCCUUCAGAUCCCAAUGACUCCUCCAAAAGACAAAUAUUCAUGUCAUUGGAAUCUCUUAACCAAAAUGGCUCUGGACUUAAUUGUGCUGCAAAAAAUGCUGAUCUUUUAAAACAGUCUGUAGAACAAAAGCGUAAUAAUGACCGUUGAUCAUAAAUCUUACGUUUACUAUACAAAAUCCUAUAAGGUGCCUUCUCAUCCUAAAUAUUUAUUAGCUUUAUUAAUUUAUCUCUAUUUCUUACUCUUGGAGGGUUAUGACAUAACGGAUACCCGCAAAACUUCUCCAAAUUACGUUCUAAUAAUACAUUCUCAUAAUCUUGAGGUUUUAGCUUUGAUCCUAAGGAGCGUAAUGUCUGAGGAUCUACUGGCCGCAGUAAUAAAGACAUAAUUUGAAGCUCUGACAUAAUUUUAUAUGAGUUGGUUCGAUUAAGCUACCGACAUUGCUAAACAAAGAAAAAGCCAUGAAACUUAAUAACAUGCAAUGUCGAGCUUUGUAUGACUAUACUUCAGAAUAUCCAGAGGAUUUGAAGUUUAAUGCUGGUCAGGUCAUUGAUAUUUUAGGGGUAGAAGAUAGAGAUUGGUAUAUUGGCCAAUAUAUAGAUGCAACAGGUUAUCGCAGUAUAGGAAUAUUUCCAAAGAAUUAUGUGCAGUUAUCAGAAGAAACAGAGGGAGGAGAGACAAAUAAGAAGGAUAUUGCGGGAGAAAUAGGGGAUAUGAAGAAGAAUAAUGAAGAGGAAGAAGUAAAAACAGAUAAAAGAGAGAAAUCAGAAGCAUUAACAUCGGAGGAACCGGAAAGUAAGAAGAGUGUUAAGAAGUCAUUUAGGGAGAUUUUGGACUCAUUUAAUACUCCUAAGGAGGAAGAUAUAGGAUUCACAACUAAUAGACAAUCAUAUAAUACAAAACCUAGAAUGUGUUUAUCAAACACAUAUAUUAAUAAUAUAAAACAGACAGAGACACAUGGUGCAGAUAAUUUGCAGAAAGAAGUUUCAUAUAAUGUUUCAGAGCAAAAUACUCUUCAGUUGGGGUCGCUUAAAGAUCGAAUUUUAGCUCUUAGAAAUAUAAAGUUUGAUAGUCAGGAAAUACAUGAAACAAAUGCGUCUAAUAAUAAUUCAACAUUAGAGCCUAUUAUUGAAGAAAAUGCGGAACAACAUAAUAAUGCGCCUAAAAACGUAUCUAGCGAAAUAUUUUUAGAAUCAUCUCAUAAUUCUUUUAAGCCGAAUAAAAAUUCACCAAGUAAUGAACCAGAAAAUCAAAAGCAAGGGAAAAAUGAAGAUAAUCAUAUGAAUGAAGAAAAGAAAACAUUAGAAGCAGUAUCAAGUAAAAACAAUGAUUCUUUUAUGGAAGAAGAGCUUGCUCGUCGUGCAGCUAUUCGUGAGCGUAUGGCAAAAAUGUCGCAUGCAGGUAUGAAUAUGCAUAUGGCAUUAGGAAUAUCAAAGCAAGACAGUACAUAUACGGGUCUUAAAUUUUCUACAAAAAGAACAUCUUUGGGUAAUAAUGAAGAUAAAUCUCAAACAACAACACCUGUUUUUUCUGUUCCAAUGGUUCCAAUAUCACCAGCAAAACGACCAAAUAGGAGCCAUCAGCUAGAUAAUUUUUCUAAAUCACCUGUUCAAAAUAGGAAUAAAGAAGAAAUGACAGUUCAAAAUAAUUCCUCAGAAAUAAUAAAACACUCUCUUUCAAAUCUUCAUUUGUCAACACCUCAAAAAUGUCAUAAAACUAAUAGCGUUUCUGAAAACAAUAUUUCUUUUAAGGAUGACGGUGAAGAUUUAGAAAAAUCUGCAAUAUAUUAUACCCCUGUUCCAAAUGUGGAAUCAUUUUCAUCUUUUCUUUCUAAAAAUUCAAAAAACAAUUCUUCGAUUUUAAGCAAUAAAACUAUAUCACCAAUUCUUAUUGAGCAAUCUCCAGAAAAUUCUGAACUAUCGAAAUUACCGCAAAAACUGUUAAAGGAUCCACCAUUCAUACCUGAACGCCCAUAUUCUACACAUUCAUCAGAAUUAUUUAAUAACAUAGAUCUUUCCACACAAAAGCAAUCUACACCUUGUAGACCGGCAAAACCUAUUUUUAUUUCAAAAUCGUCAUUGACAUCCAAAUGCACAUCUCCUAUUCUAUCUCAACAUGAUAAUAGGCUUUCUUAUACUUGUAAUACAUCUUCAGAAUCAGGAUUCGUUUCUGAGGAAGCAUCAAAAUGUCAAUUAUCAUACUCUGAUUUCAAAGAUAAAUCAAAAUAUACAUAUAUUUUUGAGGAAAAACAAUUUUGUAUUGAUGAAGAUAAACUAGAAGAAAACAAAAAUUCAAGGAACAAUAUUUAUAAAAAUAAUAUAUCGAGUGAUGUUAUAUAUGAACAGAAUGCCAAUGAUGAUAUAAGUCCUAUUUCUUUAACAAGUUCAUAUGUUAUUCAAAAUAUUGCAGAUGAUGAUGAUAAAGUCAAAAGAAAUAUUGCUAAUAAUAUGUUUACUCAAACUAACGAAGGAUCAGCAUCUAAUUUGCAAUACAAAUAUUCAAAAUAUCCAGGUUCUCCGUAUCAACAAAGUUGUUCAGAAGAGUAUUUUUCUUCUCCUACAUCUAAUAUAUCAGAAACCGAUAAAAAAUCUAAUAAAUAUCAAAGUUCGGCAGAAAAACCAUAUAUUCGCAAUCAAUUAUCAAUAAAUGAAUUAAGAGGACUUCAUUACUCAAUAGAUCAACGCAAUAUCAACUAUGAUCCUUUUAAUCAAGUAGAAUAUAUUGCAUGCAACAUUGAUUUAAAAAAAGACACAUUAUGGUGGACACGUCCUAAUGCACUUCCUUCCAUAUUUCAAAAUAGAAAAGACAUAUUACUAAAAUUUUUUGAGUCUUCACAUCUUUUGAAAGAUGGAAAUAGUAUAGCCACAAAAGAAAUUCGCAUUCUUUUUCAUGAUUAUAGUGAAACACAAAUUUUAGUAACAUUUAACAAAAAAAAUCCUGAAAAUGCAGACUUAAAACAAAUUCAUCGACCUUCUCCAAUAAAACCAAAUCAAAACCAAUUAGAAAUUGCAUAUGAAAAGUUUGGCACUCAAGUUGCUAAUUUAGCAAGUUUGCAUACUGGGAUAACCAUUGGUGAUGGCAGUCCUUUUGCUUUUAUACAGAAUAUUAUUAGUAAUAUUCCUGAUGCAUUACCACCUACUGGUGUAAGAGCAUACGGUGCAGUGAUUUACCAAAACAGAGCAAAUGCAUCUAUAGAGCAAAGAGAUGAAAUUAAAACAGGUGAUAUUGUUUCAUUUCGAAAUGUGAAAUUUCAAGGUCAUAAAGGAACUUUACAUACAAAAUACAGCACAAGUGUUGGAAACCCAGACCACGCUGCUGUAAUCAUGGAAUGGGAUGGAACCAAACGGAAAAUUAAAGUAUGGGAACAAGGAAGAAUUUCAAAAAAAGUCAUUCAAUCAAGUUUCAGAAUAGGUGACCUUAAAAGUGGAGAAAUUUGUAUUUGGAGAGUUAUGUCAAAAUCAUGGGUUAAUUGGAAUUCUUAGAUAUUUUCAUAUCUACUUUAUUGUUUUGUUAUGUUAUUUUUUAGA